AUGGGGGAUGUCUUUGCUUCCUCCUCUCUUGGUGAUCCUUUUAGUAUUCGCUGGAAGUCACUUUGGAAAGCUAAGAUCCCUCGGAAGUUUGAGAGUGUUGGAAAUGUGUUAUGUGGGUGCCCUACUGCACAGGAAAUCCUUACUGCUCCUCCUUUUUCAAUUCAGAAUAGGAAUGAUAAAUUGUGGAGUGAUAAUGCUAAAAACGCUUCUACAAUUGUUGCUUGUACUAUGGCUUGGAGGACGAAAGCUAGAGUACAUUGGUCCCCUCCCAUGAGUGGCUUAUUGUGCAUGAAUGUUGAUGGUGCUUAUGUUUCUUCUCUACAACAUGGAGGCAUUGGCGGUGUUCUGCGUAAUGAGAAGGGUGAGUUCAUUGCAGGCUUUGCUUAUAGAGUGACUAAUGUGUCCUCUGCCUACCAUGCUGAGUUGCUUGCUAUUAAAUCUGGGCUGGAGCUUAUUCAGGUGCUGGGUGUGUCUAAUGUUGCUAUAAAGAGUGAUUGCUUAGAGGCUGUGAAGGCUGUGACUGCAGAGGAUCAUGACUUCUCUACUUUGAGAAUCAUUGUUGAAGAAUUCAAGAAUUGCUAG